UGGAAUCCCAAGCGAAAGGCUGCUGAGCCUUCGAAGCCUCGUCCUUGGGGUCUACGUACACUUGUAAGUGAUACCGGGUUUGUAUGGAGCUUAAUCUACCUGCCUUGCUUUCCAGAUUCGUUUGAAAAGAUAUUGACCGACGCCUGAAGCAUGCAUACGUCAACCAAUCGGAUCCUAGACGCGAGGCUACAGACCAGUUCAUGGCCUGUUCUCAGCAACACAACGAUACAGAAACAACAAAUCAUCAACACGAUCCGUCUACUCAUGGAAUCACCGAGACUACACUACAUGGGGGGCACUCAGAGUAUUGCGGCUUUGGAGGGACCUGACGACACCCCAUGCUUACGCCUAGAUAUUGCAAGGCUCCAUCCGGGACGAUUCUUACCGACACCUGAGAACUGCCCCUCUUUUGCCAGUCCAAGAAACCUCCCCAACAGCCUACAUUACGCUGACUUGGUGCCAGGAUCGUGCAACCGCGACCGUCAAAGGAGUCAUUACAGAAGACGGAGUUUGUGCCAAUCCGAUUUGCGACCUCACAUAUCUGAAUUUGAAGAAGCACGAGGGAGAUUGAAUUUGUGCCCUCGAAGCGAUCCGCAGACGAAGGAAAUGGCCCUCUCGAUCUGGCUCUCCUGCUCCAACAUAAAGAAGGCGGUGAAUGGACUGUCAAUGCACAAAUCAUGGUGGCUUGCAAGUGAUUGGGAUACAUGGCUGGCAAACACGGCAUCAGCUGCCUUGAAUAAGCAACUCGGUGGCUGUUUGCAGCAUCCGACGAGGGCAAAGUAAACAUUGCUGAGGUUUAGUUCAGGAAUUGCGGCUUGCCGUCGGGCAUGCAAGGUUUGUCAAAGCCAUUUCAUAGCAAGCGAGCUCGCGUGGCAUCCUUCACAUCCGUAUGUUUCAACUUUCACUACGCGAAGCCAUCGAUGCAGCCAGCGCC